AUGGCUGAAGAAAAUGUAAUGAAACAUAAUGAUCCUAUGGAGACAGAAGAAAAAACUGAAAUAAAUGAAGAAUAUGCAUAUUUAGAUAGAGGUGGAUUUUCGUCUGAAAAGUUUAAAAUAGAACUGCGUGGUUUGCCAAAGUUUUAUGGGAUUGCCGAAUUAAAAAAGCUUAUGAACCUAAAACUAGGCUUAAACACAAGCAAGAUAAAGAGGCCCAAAAAUGGUAGUCAUUGGCUGUUUGCAUGUUUUCAAAAUGAUGAGGAGCGAACAAAAGCUAUUGAAGCACUAAACGGUUACUCUUGGAAAGGUAAAACACUAAUAGCUGAAGUAGCAAAACCAGCACCAGAUCCAUUAGUUAGAAAGCGAAAACGUGAGGAAGUAGAAGGGAAUGAACAACAAAGGAAAAAGAAAGAGGAUGAUAAUAAGAGCCAAGAAGAGAGGCUGAAAGAUGCUACUACUCCAUACUGGAACUUACCAUACGAGGAACAGCUCAAACUAAAAGAAAAAGAAAUAAAAAACAUACUUAUGAAGUUUGACAAUGAAAUAUGGAAAAUUGACAAAUUAAAGAGACAAGAAAUAGAAGCAAAAAGGAAAAAAUUUAAUGGACUUAGUUUUGAACUGAGACCCAUAGAGAAAUCACCAGUAGCAUUUGGAUAUAGGAACAAAUGUGAGUUCACAGUUGGGAUUGAUGAAGAGACUAAAUUGCCCACUGUGGGAUUCAGAUUAGGCAGUUACGUAACUGGCACGGUUGGUGUUGGACCAAUACAGUCUAUGAUCCACAUUUCAGAGCAGACAAAAAAAGCGGUUUUGUUGUUCCAAGAGUAUAUUCGGAAGUCAAAGUUAGCGCCGUUUUCACCAGCAGAUUACUCAGGACACUGGCGGUAUCUUACCGUUAGGGAUUCAACAUCCACGGGGGAAGUGAUGGUUAUUGUGUCUAUGCAUCCUCAAGUAAGAUAUAUUUCUGAGAAAUCACCAGUAGCAUUUGGAUAUAGGAACAAAUGUGAGUUCACAGUUGGGAUUGAUGAAGAGACUAAAUUGCCCACUGUGGGAUUCAGAUUAGGCAGUUACGUAACUGGCACGGUUGGUGUUGGACCAAUACAGUCUAUGAUCCACAUUUCAGAGCAGACAAAAAAAGCGGUUUUGUUGUUCCAAGAGUAUAUUCGGAAGUCAAAGUUAGCGCCGUUUUCACCAGCAGAUUACUCAGGACACUGGCGGUAUCUUACCGUUAGGGAUUCAACAUCCACGGGGGAAGUGAUGGUUAUUGUGUCUAUGCAUCCUCAAACAUUGACAGAAAACGAACUAAAUGAAAUAAAAAGAGAUUUAAUCGAACAUUUUAGUUCUGACGAAGCGGUCGCUUGUGGCGUGAAAUCAUUAUACUUUGAACAGAUCAUCAAAAGGCGAGUAGGCGAAGAUGGAUCAAAGCCCGUACAUUUGUCAGGUUCUACGCAUAUUACAGAUACCAUACUUGGAAAGCAGUUCAGAAUAUCACCAGAGGCAUUCUUUCAGAUUAACACAGCAGGUGCUGAAGUGUUGUACCGUAGCGCUAUAGAAAUGAGUCAAGUAAAGACAGAGUCCACCGUAGUGGACAUCUGCUGCGGAACGGGUACUAUUGGACUUUGCUUUGCACAGCAUUGUGGCAAAGUACUGGGUUUAGAAAUGAUUGCCGAAGCGGUAAAGGAUGCGAAAGCGAACGCUGAGUUAAACAAGAUAGAGAAUUGUGAGUUCUUUACUGGGAAGGCGGAGGAUAUCCUACCUUCUGUACUGGCCAGAGCCGCGGCUGACGACAUUAUUGCGAUUGUAGACCCACCCAGAGCCGGACUACACAUGCGCGCAAUAACCCAACUCCGGAACACAAAGAAAGUAAACCGCUUGGUUUAUAUAUCAUGCAGUCCGUCAUCUGUCGUCAAGAACUUCAUAGACUUGACCCGUCCAUCCUCUAAGACUCUAAAAGGGGCGCCUUUUAUACCUGUGAGAGCUGUUCCUGUAGAUAUGUUCCCGCAGACCAAGCACGUGGAGUUAGCAAUACUGUUCGAGAGAGAGAGUUCAGGCGAAACUGAAGAAGAUAAUACCGGUAUAACAAAUAACGUAGAGACUGUUAAGUCUGAGGAUGUUCCCAAUGAAGCCCUAAAUGAAAAUAGUGAAACUACAAGUAAUGGAAAUAAAUGA